AUGAACGGCACGCUGGCCGACCAGCUCCAGAAUUCAUUGUCGACGUACAAUCCUAUCAGAAACGGAGGAGGUGUCCGAGACGAAGGCCAUUACAUGAACGGGGCCAGCGUUUCCUCGCACAACGGCUCCAUGGACAGCAAGUUCCCGCCCUCCUACAAAAGGAUGGCCCAGAGUGAGUUGCUCUUUUUUCGACAGCCAGCUGAGCAAACUAAAAAAAAGUGUCCGCAUAGUAAAUCAAACAUGCCAUUUUUUUCUCAUUUCAGUUCAAAAAAAACAUAAUGAAGUUUUUUUAUGCCAAUAUUUCGGAUAUCCUAAGAUUUUUUUGUAGUUUUUUAAAACUCAUUAUUGUCAUUCAAGAUCAGAUUUUUGAAUUGGAUUUUUCCUUAAAAGAUUAGUUUUUUUAAAGUAUUAAAACUUUUUGCAUUAUUAAUAUGAAUGCAAAAAAAUAAAACUUUUGAAAAAAACUUAUUUUCUGAAUAAAGAAAUACGGACAAGUUUUUGAAACUGAUGUUCUUGAUAGAUGCAAAGUGCUGCAGAUUGAAAAUGUCAGGCGUUUUAUCUAGCUUAGCAAAUUUCUUUAUAUUUUUGAGGAUUAUUUUGUUUGUGUUUCGCAAACUGUUGGGAAACUGAUAUAUUUCUGGAACACUUGUUGUUUUCCAAAGUGUAUAGAUAAUAGUGACUGUCUCGAAACGUUUUAUAGUCCUUUCGUGUCAGAAAAACCAGUUUUUACAUCAAAUGGUUAACUUUUCAACAAUGCGGAACAUUCCCAGAAAAAAGGAACUUUAUUCAGAAUAUUCAAAUCGGUUCUUUCAGGACGGAAAGUUCCCGAGGGAGAGCUGUGCGCAGUUUGCUCCGACCUGGCCACUGGUUAUCACUACGGAGUAGCAAGCUGUAAUGGAUGGUGAGUCAAAAUAAAAGUAAUCAAAGACCAGGUGUCCCCCAGCCAAUGGAUUUCCGUUGAUUACUGAGUGCACUAGCCUAUUAUUAGGUGUUAUUCACGCUCAAAACCCGUCAUCAUAGAUAUUAAUAGGUCAAAAUUGAAGCCUUUCCUUGUUUUUCCUUUUUCGAAAGUCAACGAACAAAGCACGAAAUUGGAAAAUAACUCUGGGAAUUUCCAGUAAGACAUUCUUCCGGCGAACGAUUGUCAGCGAACAAACUUUCAUCUGUCAAUACAACGGAAAUUGCGACGUUAACAAGAGUAAGUUAUUAAAAAUCUUUGAAAAGUAAUUUUAUUCUCAUUUAAGACAUUCGAUGUGCUUGCCGACAUUGCCGUUUCAACAAAUGUUUGAUCGUGGGCAUGGAUGCAAAAGGUAGCUUUCUUUCUGUAACUUAUUCAUCAUAUUUUUGAGAAAAAUUAUUUUUUUUUGGAAGUACGACAAUACGAAAUUUGAAAGUAGCAAUUUCAGCGAUUCAAAACGACAGGGACCGCAUAGGUCCUACGAAAAAAGCCAAAAUGAGCAGUGGAUCCGACGACGAACAAGCAGUCACGCCGCACAGGUUACAAGAUCAGGUGAUUCUUGACCUCCAGAACAUUCUUUUUGCUUGUUUUCAGUGUUCCAAUACUCUUCUAUAGUCUUGCUGUUUGAUUCAUAGAAUUAUAUAUUAGCUCGCAAGGUUUCAUGUUGCAAAAAAAGGCGAUUGGGUGCGAAAAUCUCAUUAAAUUUUCCUUUUUUUUUCUGCUUUCACUUGACGUUCUCUCACCCUCUUGCUUAUUGAUCUUGUCGUUGGAUUCUUGCCCUUACUUGCAGUCCAAAGAGUAGCUAUUUUUUUGAAGAAGGUACAAACAAGUUGAUCGAAGAUUGUGUUCGACUAGCAGAAAAUCAAAGAACAACGGAAAAGGUCUGCUGAGAAGAAACAGAGAAAGGCAAUGCCGGGAGCUCCUAAUUAGUGCAAAAAGAAGGAAAAAACUUUUGCACGUUUCAGGAAAUCGUCGAUCAGUUGACUCAAAUCGAGAACCUUUGUGCUGAGUUGAGGAGGCGCAUUAUUCCGGAUGUUACGGGAGUCACGCAGGCCCUCACUUCAAAUUGUAUGCUCUAUGAAACGACCGACCUCGACCUCGAUGUGAGCAAAAAAUGACUCGAUAUAUUGUAGGAAAAAUAUUAUUUUUUAUUUCUGCAAAAUGAAAUGAUUUUUUUCAUAAUGAUGGGAAGUUGAAAUAAAAUUUAAAAAAAUUCGAUUUUUCAGAUUUAGUUGAAAAAAGAAUUGAGACACGAUCGAUAAAAACUACUAAGUUUUUCAAAGCUUGAAAACUCUAAGUUUAGUCAAUAGAUAAUUUUUCAUUUUUUCGAAAGCCUGUAAAAUUUCAUUUUUUUCUUUUUCUCGACUCGAAACGGAACUAAAACUUUAAAUUUAUUUUUUAAAAAAAUAUAAGUCAAUUUUUUUCAAUUUUUCAGGGCAACACCCAAUUCAAAGAACUUUAUCCAGCCUCCAUGAACGACAUCAGGAUGUGGAAUAUUCGAGAAAUGAGAAUCUGUAUAGAAUGGGGAAAAACUUUUGAAAUUUACCAGCGAAUAUCCCUUUUUGAUCAGGUGGGUCUAAAAUCGAAUUCCCUUCAAAGUUUGAAUGAGACAUUUUUUUCAGUUUGCAUUGGUUCGAAAUUUUGCAUUUGCUUUCAAUUUGUUGAACCGCGUGUUUUACUCGCCUGACCAUGGACCUGACAAGAUUGUGUUCCAAAAUGGAGCGUUCAUUAUGAGGCAACCCCAGCAACAGGUUGGUUCUUACCUUUUGGAACUUUCCCUUAUAAUAAAUCAACUUUUCAGGUCCAACUUUCUGGCUGUCGUCCAAUUUAUACACGACAAAUGGACGAGAUCAUGAUUCCCUUCAGGAGGUUACAACUGAGUAUUGCUGAGUUCGCAACUUUCAAGGCAGCUUUAUUCUUCAACCCAGGUACAAUUUGGUGGUAUUUUUGAGAGUAAAAUAUCGAGUAGGAAAAUUUCUCAUUUCAGCUUUUAUUUUUAUCCUGGACGCAAACAGAGCAGCUGGCAAAGCUUUCAAUUUUCAGAAUAGUUCAGUUUUUCUCAGAACGAUUAAUGCCCGAAAAGGACUCUCAAUGCAUAUUUUCUUUUGAACUUUCAAAUCAGGCGUGAGAGUAAGAAAAAGAAAAAAAUGUACUUUCACUGAUUAGUGAGUCUAAAGAGCAGCUAUACUUUGUUCAUAGCGUUCUCAAAAUCCGUACAACAAUUUCUUGUUUUGGCGGCUGUCAUGAACGCUUCAAAAUUAUCGAAUUCGCAAAGUCUGAUCAAAAAAAUUACUCAGUCUAGAUUGCAAAAAACCUCAGUAUUGAAAAAUCAUAAAAAAAGUUUAUGAUAAUUCUUUCAGUUUUUCAGUUGUCUCAAGAACAAUAUUACUGUUUUUUUAAUCUCUUUUUAAAAAAAUAAUGAACGAAAAGAGGAUCUAUUACAACUAAGUUAAUGGCAGUGAAUAAAAUAUUAUUAUUAGUAUUAUUAAGAACUCUCAAAUUCCAGAUGCCUUGGACCUUUCUGCACAAGCGAAACCUGAAGUUUACGAAGAAAGGAAUAAAUACCUGUGUGCUCUUUUCACAUGCAUAACUUCCAAAUUAGGAAUGGCAGCAGGAGUACAGAAAUAUGGCAGUUUAUUAAUGAUGACCGCCAGUAUCCAGGUAUGAUUUCCCCUGCCAACCUCGCUUCAAAUUCCUUUUUUUCCAGAAUAUCUUGGCGCAAAAUGAAGAAAAUAUGCAAGUGAUGGAACUUUUCAAAAACUGGGAAGUAGAUCCGUUCGUCAAAGAACUCUGCAUGAAACGUUAGUCGUUAAGAGAAAAGCAGAAGUUUCACAAUGCUCGUUUCAGCGAUGAUCCGCUAA